CUGUCACUGCUCGCUUCUUGCUAGCCUCCCACUGCUUGUUAUUUUCUGCAACAAGAUGGCUGUCGUUCCUGAGAGCAGAGUCCUCACUUUCAGCGUUUUUAAAUGGAGCUCUUACUCCUCUACAUAUUUACCCGAGAAUAUCUUGGUGGACAAACCUAAUGAUCAGUCUUCCAGGUGGUCUUCUGAAAGCAACUACCCUCCUCAGUUUUUAAUCUUGAAAUUGGAAAGGCCGGCGAUUGUUCAGAGCAUUACCUUUGGGAAGUAUGAGAAGACUCACGUCUGCAACCUGAAGAAGUUUAAAGUGUUUGGUGGGAUGAGUGAAGAAAACAUGACAGAGCUUUUGUCCAGCGGCCUUAAGAAUGACUACAAUAAGGAAACGUUCACCUUAAAGCACAAGAUUGAUGAGCAGAUGUUUCCCUGCAGAUUUGUCAAAAUAGUGCCUCUGAUGUCUUGGGGUCCCAGUUUUAAUUUCAGCAUCUGGUACAUUGAGCUGCACGGUAUCGAAGAUCCUGAUGUGGUGCAGCCCUGCCUUAACUGGUACAGCAAGUACAGAGAACAGGAAGCCAUCCGCCUUUGCCUCAAGCACUUCCGACAGCAUAACUACACAGAGGCCUUUGAGUCACUGCAGAAGAAGACUCGGAUAGCACUGGAGCACCCGAUGCUCACCCACCUGCACGACCGGCUGGUGCUGCAAGGAGACUUCGACGCCUGCGAGGAGCUCAUAGACAAAGCUGUGAGAGACGGUUUGUUUAACCAGUAUAUCAGCCAGCAGGAGUACAAGCCCAGGUGGAGUCAGAUCAUCCCCAAAUGCAACAAAGGUACAAGCGCCCAAGAAAUCAACCGAGACGACAUGAACAGUGACGGCGACGACAACAGGCCAGGGAUGAGGGGAGGACAUCAGAUGGUCAUUGACGUCCAGACUGAGACUGUUUACCUGUUUGGAGGCUGGGACGGCACACAGGACCUGGCUGACUUCUGGGCCUACAGCGUUCAGGAAAACCAGUGGGCCUGCAUCUCCAGAGACACUGAGAAAGAGAGCGGUCCGAGUGCUCGUUCAUGCCACAAAAUGUGCAUCGACUCCCAGCGGCGCCAGAUCUACACGCUGGGCCGCUACCUGGACUCAAGCGUCAGGAACAGCAAGUCUCUGAAGAGCGACUUCUACCGAUACGACAUCGACGCCAACACCUGGACGCUACUCAGCGAAGACACGUCCGCUGACGGAGGGCCAAAGCUGGUGUUCGACCACCAGAUGUGCAUGGACUCGGAGAAGCACAUGAUCUACACGUUUGGAGGCCGCAUCCUGACAUGUAACGGCAGCGUGGAGGACAGCCGGACGUCGGAGCCUCAGUUCAGCGGCCUGUACGCUUACCACUGCCAGGCAGGAACGUGGAGCCUCCUGCGGGAAGACUCGUGUAACGCUGGGCCAGAGGACGUCCAGUCCCGCAUCGGGCACUGCAUGCUCUUCCACACCAGAAACCGCUGUCUGUACGUGUUUGGAGGUCAGAGGUCAAAGACAUACCUCAAUGAUUUCUUCAGCUACGAUGUGGACGGAGACCAUGUAGAGAUCAUAUCUGACGGCACCAAGAAGGACUCGGGCAUGGUGCCGAUGACAGGCUUCACCCAGAGAGCCACAAUCGACCCCGAGCUCAAUGAGAUCCACGUCCUGUCGGGCCUCAGCAAAGACAAGGACAAGCGCGAGGAGAAUGUCCGCAACUCCUUCUGGAUCUACGACAUCGCCCGCAACAACUGGUCAUGUGUGUAUAAGAACGAUCAGGCAGUGAAAGAGAACCCAAGCAAGGCUCUGCAGGAGGAGGAGCCGUGUCCACGCUUCGCACACCAGCUGGUCUAUGAUGAGAUGCACAAGGUGCAUUACUUGUUUGGUGGAAACCCCGGGAAGUCUUGUUCUCCCAAGAUGCGUCUGGAUGACUUCUGGUCCCUCAAACUGUGUCGGCCCUCCAAGGAGUAUCUGCUCCGCCACUGCAGAUACCUCAUCAGGAAAUACAGGUUUGAGGAGAAAGCCCAGUCGGAGCCACUGAGUGCACUAAAAUACCUGCAGAACGACCUUUCCCUGACGGUGGACCACACAGACCCAGAUGAGACCAAAGAGUUCCAGCUCCUGCCCUCGGCUCUCUUCAAGUCCAGCUCUGACUUCAUCCCUCUGGGUUUCUCAGACGUAGACCAGACGUACGCUCAGCGGACGCAGCUCUUCGACACACUCGUCAACUUCUUCCCAGACAGCAUGACUCCACCCAAGGGCAACCUGGUAGACCUCAUCACGCUCUAGCCCCUCCCACCCCUACCUCAUCCCCUCACCCACUGGACUGACUGCACAUCCAAGCCCCUGAUGGGAUAGAGGAGACAGAGACCAGUUCUUUUUCUAUUCCUGAACCCCUCUGCUGGGACUCAUCACGCUGACCUCCUGCUGUCCCAGUCGGCCGGUGGUGAGGCUCCGAAACACACACUCUAACAACACUGUGGUAUUUGGAUAUGAGCCAGACUUGACGACCUGAGGUGUGUGUGUUUCUUUUUUCCCCAAGAUAUUCCUUUGGGUUUUUUUUCUUGCUGGUGAAAGCACGCAAAGCCCCUCUGCCAAACUUCGCUUAUGUUUUUCAGUUCGCUUGAUUUUUUUUUUUUUCCCCUCAGAAAGGCCAAAACCCAGGAUUUGUUUUAAGUCUUUUUUUCAUAGAUUUUUCUUCUUUUAUAAGUGUUGGAUUUGUGCUUUGUACCCACACAGUCGACCACAGGCGUCCACCCACAGCGUGGAGUGAAACACACAAUGAGAUGACGUCUGUUGUUGCAAAAGUUCAGUUCAAAUGUUAAUUUAUUCUAAAAACAGGACUGUGUGACCAUGAUACAGGAAACCACUUCACCCUCCACAGCUCUUCUUCUUUGGUAAAAUGUUAGCAUCUCCUGCAAAAUUAUGUUAAUUUUUGGCUGGAUUGCAACACAUGCCCCUAUUUAUAAUCCUGAGGCAAAAACAAUUUAAUAGUGUUGUAGUGACAAUAGAGGACUGAUUCUUUAAGAUAAAGUUUAAUAUAUAUAUAUAUAUAUAUCUAAAUAUACAUUUUCUAUUGGUUUGGGUUGCUAUCCCUGUGAAACUGCCGGGUAAAUUUGCAUUUACGAUAGGAGACACAUUUUCUUCCCAUAGUAGUUGGACUUAAUUCUAAGUGGUUAAAUGGUGUACAGAAUAUGUAAAUAUACAAAUAGGAUUUUUUUUUUGAUUGAACAGAUUCUGUGCUGGAUCACUUUCUUUCUUGUUCCUCUUUAUCAAAAAGUCAGGGUCCACAUACAGUAACUUUAUGGCUCUACAAUUUAAUACUCAUUAUACUUAUUGGGAAGAAUUUAAAGCAGUUGGUGUGUGCGUGUGUGUGUGAAUGAGGUGCUGGUGCCAGUAAUCCAGUUUGACAGUUAGAGUGGGGAAAGGGCAUUUUGUGUCACAGUGGGUUGACGGGAUGUUCCUUCAGUGUGUUGAAUUAGUGGUUGAAUUGUUUCUUUUUCCCCUAAAAGUCCCAAAUGUCCACCUGAAUAGAAGGUUAAAGGAACGUUUGAAGUGGGGUUGUAUGUAGAGCCUGACCUUUACCUGGUUUUAAAUCAGCGUACGCGCUGCUGGACAAAUUGUGAUGACAACAUUUAUACCAAUACCAAUAUAUCUUUGAUAGGCCAGUAUCAGCCCAAAAGAAAAUGCAGACUGAUCUCUCAGUCAGGCUCUCGUUGUCUGAGGAAUUUAUCCAUAGUCGGUGAAUCACCUACAGUAGAUGGCGGUCAGCACGACCACAGAAGCAGGCAGGAGUACAAACACAGAAGCUAAAUGUUGUACUGCUAAUGACGGGCGGCUGCCUUGCUACUCUCCUGUCCAACGGCGAACUAAAGCUGUUCUAUUCUCUCGUCAAAGCCACCUGAUUCCAUUGACAAAAACGGUAAUUUUUCUAAAGAGAACAUGGAAGUUGCUGGUCUACCGCUGCCUUGAACAGUGUGUUUGUUUGUGUUAUAUGACAUUGGUCGAUCCGAACUAAUCUGUUAGGACACCACAAUAACACGAACAAACUAACAGAUUAACGUAAAACGUAAAUGUUGGGCUUUGUUGUAAGCUAACACUAGCCCGCUAAUGCUAGCCCAUAUCGCUAGCCCGUCUCAAUCACAUAGUCGUUAAACUAAAAUAAAAAGAAUGUUACAAGUUUUAGUUGGGCUCGUUGGUCACGAUAAUCGCGCCAACAGCAAAGAGUUGGUGCCGCUCUGGAACCAGUCUUCCUGGCAGAGAGCCAGUUCUUUGGCAGUCGAAAAGCGAGGAACUGGUUCAAUAUUAGACACCAGCUGGAAGUGUAUUGGCCGAAAAGGAUUAUAAGAAAGGGCUAAUUCAUUUAACUCAAACAACCCCACUACAAAUCCAAAGUACCCUUUUAACAGAAAUAGUAAGAGCGAUGUGAGUUUUCCAGCAGAAAAGGGAGCUCAGAUCCUCAUGAAGAGGCUCGGCUACAUUAGAGUAGCCCUGGAGGAUUCAUGGUCUUGCAAGAGGACACUUCAGAGAGGUGUGAGUCUGGCUGCAGGAUGCCUCCCUGCUCACAGACGGGUCGUGAUGACCGGCUGCAUGCUGUUAGUUGAAGCUGAAUAGUUUACCUCUGCUGUCACCAAAUCGUUACUGGAGAUGUUGGGGUGCAUGUUCACUGGUGCUUACUGCUCACUCCAGGUCCCACUCACUCUUGUUCAUCGUCUUCCAUGACUCUCGGUGAAAUGCUAACGGAUUGUUUGUCAGUGGAAAUGUGAUCACUAACAUCAAUCGACAAAACCCAUUGUUCAUCUGUCGGGUGGAAUUCAAUGAUUGUCUCUCCCAGCGCUACAUUUAUAACUGUGAUCCAUCAGAACACUACAUCACUAGUCAUCCCUGGCACAUCUGCUAUGACUGUUAACACAAUAUAAACAUGUAGAGGAGCAGUACUAUUUCUAUAUUUUGAGCUGGAAGAACUUUGAAAGACUGAUCUGGUUAAAACCAUGGUUUGUCAGUUGAAUGGUGAAUUUAAAAAUCUGAUCUCGUAACACUAUUUUGACUUGAAGGUCACAUCUGUAAUCAGUGAAAUUCACUGAAUGAGUCACAGAUGCUAGCUGUAGGAUCAGACGUGAACUAAUUAACUUAUGAGUCCCUCUUUGUUGGCAUUUUAUAAAUUAUUAUUUACCUUUUAUGUACUUAUUUAAAAAUUAAAGGACCAUACUGGUGUUUUGCAGGUUAAAGUUCAUAUCUUUAGAUGCCAUGUGCUUUAAAGUUAAAGGGAUAAUUUGGAUUUUUUUAAAGUGGGGUUACAUGAGGUACUCGUCCACUGUAUUACUCCAGUAGAUUGAGGUCAGCAUGCCCCGAAAUUUAGAGAAGCAGGAACAGAAGCUAAACUAUGUUCUGCUGUGGCCGGGGCAGCAGCAAAAUGUAUUUUAACCACCCUAAACAUCAGUUUAAGUUUGCACUAUAUUUACAGUAUUUUUAAAGCUUUACCUUUCUGUCAGACAGUCCUGUUUAAGUUUAUAACAGGGGACCCAAAGCCUCUCCAUGCUCUUGUCAAAGCCACCAGACUCAAUUGACAAAAACAGUCAUUCUACUUCGAGGCAGUAGUAGAGACCAGGAUCUCUGUGAUCUCUGUGAGGUAAUAUACUGUUUUGUCAAAGGAGUCUGGUGGCUUUGAAGAGUGCAUAGAACGGCUUCAGUUCCCCCGUGUAAAUAUAACAGGACGGUCUUACCGCAAGGUGAAGCGGUACAAAUAUUGUAAAUAUAGUGUACAUUUAAAAGAAAUGUGUUAUUUUUUUACAACCAAAAUUCCACAAAAGUUGGGACACUGUAAAACAAUGCGUGUAUAUUAACAAAAAACACCAGUUUAGUUUGAACCUGACAUAUAUAAUCUUUAUGGAGUUUUCAAUUGAAUAUAUGUCACAAAGGAGUAGCAAAUUAUCACUCUCUGUUUUAUUUACUUUUUAGAUAAUGUCCCAACUUUUUUGAAAAUGGGGUUGUAGGUAGCUAACUGCAUUAGGGUACGACUAGCAGCCAGUUAGCUUAGCUUAUCUUAAAGACAGGAAAAAAUGGGAAACUUGGCUCUGUCUAAAGAUAACACAAUCUGCCUACUGAACCUUCUAAAGCUCACUAAUUAGCACACUGGAGCAACAAGAUUUUAGCUUAAUGCCUGGACCAAGCCAGGCUAGCUGUUUCCCCCUGUUCCCAGUCCUAAUGCUAAGCUAAGCUUGUGUGCUGGCAGUAGCUUUAUAUUUAGCAUACUGGCAGAAAAGUGUCAAUGUUCUCAUCUAAUCCUUGGCAAGAAAGCAAAUUUCUCUAUACUAUCCCUACUGUUGCUUUAAGGGGGUGAUGAUAUGUAGCAAACUAAAAUUUGCAGAACAAAUACAGUGGUAUGGUCCUUUAAGUCUCACACAUAAGCUUCAUAUCUCCUACAAAAAAAAUUCUCAAUGGAAUUGUUUGAUGCUUUAUAUUGAUUGCACUUAAUGUGGAGUAUGUAUCUGGUGACUUCCACCAAGAUGCCUCAUUUCCUCUCUUCCUUUCUAACGUGUAAAUUAUUUAUGUGCAUAUUUAUACUAAAACAGAGAACUUACCAUUAAGUGCACUGUAGUAUAAAAAGUAAGCCCCCUCAGGGAGUCGUUUACUGUGAUUGUGGGUAGAGUUGGGUCGAAUUCCAGUUUUGCUGGUCUGGUCCGGUGUACAAGCCUAAACUGGCUUUUGCUUUCGUGAAAACCAGCAUUUGUUGAGACAUGGCAGAGUUCGUCUCAAGGAAAACUACGGCGAACCUACUUUGAGGUGUAUUACGGCCACCAAGUGGACAGGAGUCUGUGUGCUCCCAUUCAGUCUCAUUAUGUUCCACUCUGGAAAAGCUGUUGAGUCAAAUGCAACACCUAGUGGUCAAAUCAGUAUACCGAUCCAGUUCAGUCUUUGGCUUACUAUAAAACCAGUUUUAAAAUGUUAACACCGGCACAACCCUAAUUGUGGUGCUCUGCUACUGUACCUAUCAUCACUGUAAAUGAUCUCGCCGGUGUGUUUCCUGGACACUGGAGAUGAGUCAUUAUUUCAGCAGGGAGUGACAGAAGCAGCCUGAUGCUCCCACAGACAACACUCAAUCCUCUAAAUGAAUCAUUUGAGGAAAGUAUAACCUGUAACCGUACUCCAUGAUAGAGAUGUUGCUUGAAUAAUAUACAUUUUUGUGCAUUAAAGAUAUACUGUGCAGAACUGUCCUCAUAAAGAAAACAAUGGAUGUAGAUUCAUACAAAAACAUCCCUCUCAAUCAUCACUCAUGACACACAGAAGUGUGGUGGUAUUUUUUUUUUCCACUUUUGUUUAGCUGAGACCGAGGGGACAAGUUUGAAUAUGGUGUUUACAAACAGUAAGCAACAAUUACUGCAUAGUAUGCCUUUAAUGUUUUGUUGGAGGAGGAUAGCAUGUGUGUUAUGCGUUAUAUAUAUUUGCCCCCUGCUUUUUUUUGCCCUAAUAAAAAGGAAACAGAUUAAUGAUUGAAAAAAAAAUGCUUCAAAAAUGAAAAUGCUAUUUUAGGGAUUAUUUAUAUUUUGACAACAUUUAAGGCUCAUCAUGCUUGUCGUAGCAUUUAUUUUGUGCCAGAGGAAAACUGUGUUUAAAAAGACUAAUUGAAAGCACCUUUGUAAAAAAAAAAAAAAAAAAAAAAAAAAAAAAAGAAAAGAAAAACACAAUGCCAAAUACUACUUGUUUCUUUUUUUUUUUUUUUGCUAUUUUAGGGUAAAUAUCCUCCACACAACAGUGUUUAAUGAUGGAAUAUUAUUAUUUUUUUGUUUUGUUUUUUUGUUUUCUUUUCAUCUUGCCCUUCUCGACCCCUGGGUGGGACUCAGGAGUUUAAAGGCUGGUACUCUCAGAUCAGUGAGCACUACUCUGUGGAUACAGUGAAUGUGUAGAAAGCCUUGUAGUAUUGCAUUGUAUGUAAUGUAUAUAAUGAAUAAAGAUUGUAUUUUGUUCAGGUUUUCUUAA